CUGCGGCUUCCUCCCCACGCCCGAGCCUCCUGCGCACAGCCGGGAGGACGCGAGCCCGAGCCUCGUCCCCACGCCGCGGCGCGCGGGCUCCCUGCCCAGCCGAGAACAAUCAACCAUGACGACCGAAUCCGGCUCAGACUCGGAAUCCAAGCCGGAGCAGGAGGCCGAGCCCCAGGAGGCGGCGGGGGCACAGGGGGCACAGGGGCACGCGGCGGGGGCGCAGCCGGGACCUGGGCCGGAGCCCAGUGGAGAGGACCAGCAGCAGGCCCUGGAACAGUUCGAGGCCGCGGCACACAGCACCCCCGUGAGGAAGGAGGUCACUGACAAGGAACGGGAGUUCGCCGCUGGGGCUGCAAAACAGCUCGAGUAUCAGCAAUUGGAAGACGAUAAACUUUCUCAGAAAUCAUCGAGCAGUAAACUAUCUAGAUCUCCAUUAAAGAUUGUCAAAAAGCCUAAAAGCAUGCAGUGCAAAGUGAUACUUCUGGAUGGAUCAGAAUAUGCCUGUGACGUGGAGAAACGCUCCAGAGGCCAAGUGCUGUUUGAUAAAGUGUGUGAACAUCUGAACUUGCUAGAAAAGGACUAUUUUGGGCUUACAUAUCGAGAUGCUGAAAACCAGAAGAAUUGGCUGGACCCUGCUAAGGAAAUAAAAAAACAGAUUCGAAGUGGUGCUUGGCACUUUUCAUUUAAUGUGAAAUUUUACCCUCCAGACCCUGCCCAGCUAUCUGAAGACAUCACCAGGUACUACCUCUGCCUACAAUUGCGAGAUGACAUCGUGUCUGGAAGGCUGCCCUGCUCCUUUGUCACUCUGGCCCUGUUGGGCUCCUACACUGUGCAGUCAGAGCUUGGAGACUAUGACCCAGAUGAGUGUGGGAGUGAUUACAUCAGCGAGUUCCGCUUCGCACCAAACCACACGAAAGAACUGGAAGAUAAGGUGAUCGAGCUGCACAAGAGCCACAGAGGAAUGACGCCAGCAGAAGCAGAGAUGCAUUUCUUGGAAAAUGCCAAAAAACUGUCCAUGUAUGGGGUUGAUUUACAUCAUGCCAAGGAUUCUGAAGGAGUAGAAAUUAUGCUAGGAGUUUGUGCAAGUGGUCUGUUGAUAUAUCGUGACCGACUGAGAAUAAACAGAUUUGCUUGGCCAAAGGUUCUAAAAAUUUCAUACAAACGGAACAACUUUUACAUUAAGAUCCGGCCGGGAGAGUUUGAACAAUUUGAAAGCACAAUCGGGUUUAAGCUACCAAACCAUCGGGCUGCCAAGCGUUUAUGGAAAGUAUGUGUUGAGCAUCACACAUUUUUCAGACUGUUGUUACCAGAAGCACCUCCAAAGAAAUUCCUUACCUUGGGCUCCAAGUUCCGUUACAGUGGUAGAACACAAGCCCAAACAAGAAGAGCCAGUGCAUUGAUAGAUCGUCCUGCUCCUUACUUCGAACGCUCAUCUAGCAAACGCUAUACCAUGUCUCGCAGCUUGGAUGGAGCGUCAGUGAAUGAAAACCAUGAAAUAUACAUGAAGGAUUCUGUGUCUGCUGCAGAGGUUGGUACUGGCCAGUACGCCACAACAAAGGGCAUCUCUCAGACCAACUUGAUCACCACUGUGACUCCGGAGAAAAAGGCCGAGGAGGAACGGGACGAGGAAGAAGAGAGACGGAAAAAGGCAGAGGAAGCCACGCCGGUGGCAGCAGUACGGCACGAGGGAAAGACUGACAGCGAGCGCACGGACACCGCGGCUGACGGGGAAACCACCGCCACUGAGUCGGACCAGGAGGAAGAUGCAGAGCUCAAGGCACAGGAGCUAGAUAAAACUCAAGAUGACCUGAUGAAACAUCAAACCAAUAUUAGUGAGCUGAAAAGAACCUUUUUAGAAACCUCCACAGACACUGCCAUCACAAACGAAUGGGAAAAGAGGCUCUCUACCUCCCCAGUGCGACUAGCCGCCAGGCAGGAGGACGCACCCAUGAUCGAACCGCUCGUACCCGAAGAGACCAAAGAAGAAAGAGAAAUUUCUGAGAAAGUUAUAUUUUUGCAGCAAGAAAGCCCUCCAUUCCUUGAGUCUCAGCCGAGUAUGAUAAAGAAAAUGCAGGAAGGAGACUCUGCGGGCUCUGUGGUUACCUCUCGUCAAAUCAUUUUCCAGAAAACUGUCCCAUCGACCCUAGAGACUAAACAGUCUUCUGCCGAAAAGCUCAUGGAUGGCUCUGAAAUCUUCAGUUUAUUAGACUCUGCGAGAAAACCAACAGAAUUCAUAGGAGGGGUUACUUCUACUUCUCAAAGCUGGGUUCAGAAAACAGAAACCAAGACAGAGCCCAGCAAAACAGAGGUGGAAGCAAGCCAGCAGCCCCAGCCACUUAGCACCGAGAAGGUUGUGCAGGAAACCGUGUUGGUGGAGGAAAGACAUGUCAUGAAUGUGCAUGCGAGUGGGGAUGCUUCUUACACGGCUGGAGAGGAUGUGGAUGCUGCGGCACAGGCAGCAUCUGCUGAUGCUUCUGGCUUGAAAGGGAAGGAGGGCUCUGCCCUGACAAAGGGGGCUAAAGAGGAAAAGGGGGAGGUGGCCGGUACAGCUGUCCUCGAACAGGAAGGAACGGCCACUGCUUCCCAUGAGUCAGAGGAGGAGCAGAGUGCAGCCGUCCACGUUUCUGAAACUUGCGAACAAAAACCUCAUUUCGAGUCGUCAACUGUGAAGACAGAAACCAUCAGUUUUGGCAGCGUUUCACCAGGAGGAGUAAAGCUAGAAAUUUCUACCAAGGAAGUGCCGGUAGUUCACACAGAAACAAAAACCAUAACGUAUGAGUCAUCACAGGUCGAUCCUGCUGCCGAUCUGGAGCCAGGUGUGCUAAUGAGCGCUCAGACGAUCACAUCUGAAACCACCAGCACCACGACCACCACCCACAUCACCAAAACUGUGAAAGGAGGCAUUUCAGAGACCAGGAUUGAGAAGCGAAUAGUCAUCACAGGAGAUGCGGACAUUGACCAUGAUCAGGCUCUGGCUCAGGCAAUUAAAGAGGCCAAAGAGCAGCACCCUGACAUGUCAGUGACCAAAGUAGUGGUCCAUAAAGAGACCGAGAUCACACCAGAGGAUGGAGAGGAUUGACCCCAGGACUAACUUAGCCUGCACAUGAAUCCAGUCAUGCAAACCAUUAGGAAAACCAGAGCCUAUAUGGAGUUCCCUCUUCUAACCCAACUGACUCGUAUCUGCCCAUGGAAAAUUUCAAUCCGGAAGAACUGACCUUGACCAUUAAUAAAGAUACUGGCAGAGAGAUCUUCCCAUAAUAAAGCAAUCCGAAUCAGCAUCACGAAACUGAUAUUGCAUGAAGCAACGAUAAAAUUACAAAAAGAGUAGCAUUUUUAAUUUCCACCAAGUGUCUAAGUUUUCAGCUAUACCUGCACGUUCAUAACCAACAGUAUAAACCGUGAUCUCAUGUAACACAUAAACAAUCCAUGCCUUUCAUAGUUUAUCAAAGUCUCAACAAAAUUGCAGUUUCUUAGGUGACAGAUCUUUUGUUUACAGACAGGUGAAGAUGACUCUAAAAUGCUAGAAGCUGUCUACGUCCAAUGUGUCAGGUUUAUUCCAGAUUAGAUGUGCCAAUAACCGCGUUUCUUCAGUAAACAACUUGGAUCUUGUACUUGUUUCCCUUGGUUUUAUUCCUCUCGCCCGCACACAGCAACGACUCCCGAUCGUCCGGAAAUAUUUAAUGCUUACAAUCCUGCUUUGUGUGUCUGAUUUAAUCCGUUACAAGGUAGUACUGAUUUUAGCAUAUUAAUGUGAAAUUUCUUCCUCGUUCACUUUGGUCUGCGUCCAAUCUGGAAAGCUUCCGAGAGUUUCCCUGACAAGUCCUAAGUAUGUAAAUUGUCAUUAUUUGGGGGAAGAAAACCUCCAUUUUUGUUAGUUUACAACAUUAUGAAAUUGCACUCCAGAAAAACCUAUCGGGCUUCGGUUGCUUUGUUUUCUUUCUUCGUUCCUUCUUCCUCAUGUUUUCUUAAGUUGAUUUUUUUUUUCUUUUACUUGAAAAAAAGUGUUUUAUUUCCAAAUCUGGUCCAUAUUUACAAUCUAGUUCAGAGCCAAGCCUUAAAUUGUACAGAAUUUCCACUGUAAUUAAAGUAUUUAGUGUUUAGUUAUAAAUAGCCUUCAAAAAGAUCUAUUCUCCAUUAUAUUGUCAACUGCAUCACUCAGCCCAUGGUGAAUGUAUGUUUCUGCAUAGCAAAAUAAAAAUGGUAAAUGCAUUUAAA